CUAAGAUAUCGACCGUACACACUGGAAAGCGGAAGUUAGGUUUGGAAAUGUUUUUGUAGCGAUGAGACCGAUGGGACAUUAGAGUUACUCUUACAUAUUUUGCAUAUGGCUUGUUUUAUAAACCCAAAACUUCGUAUUGAACCAAUUGUAAAUGCUAAUUAAAAGCUACGUUUGAUCCUGCCCUCAUUCAAAAGUGGCUAACGCGGAGUUACAACUGACGAGAACGUGAUAGUAAUGUCGGCCAAAAGCAAAAGCAAAGAUAGCGGCGUAGUCAUUAAAAACUACCAUAAGCAGGCUUUCGAGUAUGUAUCGAAGGCAUUGAGGAUCGACGAAGAUGAUACAGGCGCUAAAGAGGAGGCUGUGCAGUGGUACAAAAAGGGGAUUUCUGAGCUUGAAAGUGGUAUUGCUGUAGAGAUCACGGGACAGGCAGGAGAGCAAUAUGACAGAGCAAAAAGACUUCAAGAUAAAAUGGUCACAAAUCUCAACAUGGCAAAAGAAAGGCUCGCUCUGUUAGAAGCCACAAUGGCAUCUAAAAGGAGGAGCGAUCCACAGAAGUUCUCAAAUCAUGGUCUUCCGAAACCAAAUCCUGUGCCUAAAAGCCAGCCUGCAGUCCGAGCUAACAUCAGACCCUCCACUGUAGUUCGCCCACCAUCCAGACCCUCCGAUCCAAAGGUGACUCCACAGGUAGGAAGAAAGCAAAAUGGAAAACCCACAACAGUGAAGCAGCUUGCAAAAAGGGAUAUGAAAAACUUCAAAAAUGUUGACAGCAAACUGGCCAACCUAAUCAUGAAUGAAAUCGUUGACAGCGCGGCAUCAGUAUCUUUUAAAGACAUUGCGGGACAGGUACUGGCAAAGCAAGCACUCCAAGAGAUUGUCAUCCUCCCUGCCAUAAGACCAGAGCUUUUUACUGGCCUGAGAUCUCCGGCACGUGGUUUGCUUUUAUUUGGCCCUCCUGGAAAUGGGAAAACAAUGCUGGCCAAAGCAGUUGCAGCAGAGUCAAACGCCACAUUCUUUAACAUCAGUGCUGCCAGCUUGACCUCAAAAUAUGUGGGAGAGGGUGAGAAGCUUGUUCGAGCACUGUUUGCAGUUGCCAGAGAAUUGCAGCCCUCUAUCAUCUUUAUCGAUGAAGUUGACAGCUUGCUCUGUGAAAGGAGGGAGGGAGAACACGAAGCCUCUCGUCGAUUAAAAACUGAGUUCCUCCUUGAGUUUGAUGGGGUGCAAUCAGGAGGGGACGACAGGGUGCUCGUAAUGGGAGCAACCAACAGACCUCAGGAACUUGAUGAAGCAGUACUGAGGUACAUGAUGAAACUCCAAACCUUGCGCAAUUAUUCAGUUUUCAUCUGUUGCAAGCUCAAUAACAAUAUUCCUCUUUACAGGCGGUUUGCAAAGAGGAUUUAUGUGGCAUUGCCGGAUGCAGAGACAAGAUUAACGCUGCUGGAAAACCUUUUGGCAAAGCAUGGGAAUCCACUGAGCAAAACUGAGUUGUCCCAUCUCGCAAAAAAGAGCGAAGGAUAUUCAGGAAGUGAUCUCACGUCAUUAGCUAAAGACGCUGCGCUCGGACCUAUUAGAGAGCUGAGACCAGACCAAGUCCGAAGAAUGGCUGCUAGUGAGAUGCGUAACAUCAAAAUCAAAGACUUUGAGGACUCCCUAAUGCGCAUUAAGCCCAGUGUUAGCCCGGGGACUCUUGGCAUGUAUGCCAAAUGGAACAAAGAUUUUGGGGACACAACAGCGUUUUGAACUUGAUUUCUUUUGUUGCACUUGUUUGAAAAACUGUUAAUAAAAUGGCAGUUGAUUGCUCAAAGGUACAAAACAUCAUAAAUUAACUUAAAAACCUUGAUUGAACCCAUUUGCAGGGUAAUAAAUAUAUAAUGUGUAAAUAGGAUGACAUUUGGAAACACUUCCUGUUUUAUGGGAACACUUUGCUAGCAGGUUUCUUUACCGUUUUUUGUCCUGAAACACUCUUGGUAGAACUUGGAAUUUCAAUAUUUAUUCUCAAGAAUGUCCUGAAAAGUGGUCUUUCUCUUGCCUCAAGAGGGCAGCAACUUACUGUAAACCCUGAUAUAACUACCGAUUAAGAUAAUGUUACCCACCCAUUAGUAACAUGAUGUAAAUCAUAUUGUACAUAUGUUGAUGGUUUUGAUCACAGGUGCCCUCCGUGCGCACAGAAAUAUGGGGUGCAUUUGUAUAAUAACUUUUUUUUUCCACUUGCACUUAGAGUUUGUAGAUCAAAUAAAUUCAUUGUAUUUGAAAGUAGGAGACCCUUAAGAAUCAGAGUUAAGGCGACGGCGUCCUUUUCCCAUGCAUCAAUAAAUGAAAUUGUGAAAAUA